UAACAAUACCACACUAUUGACCGGUGACAAAUUCUUAAAUUCAAAAUUUUGGUUUUUAUUUUGAAAACCAAACCGGCCGGUCGGACCGUGACUCGCUCUUCUAACUAGUUUCAAGUUAUACUAAAAACCGAAUUUGAGUUAAACUGGAAAAUCUGGUAAAAACCGGUCAAAACUCGGAAAACAUAGUUUCUCGAUUUUGACAGGAGAAAACAUGAUUUUUUUUUAUAUUUUUAGUGGGAAAAAUAUGAUUUUUGAUUUUGGUGAAAAAAUGUAUUUUCUCAGUUCUAGCGGAAAAACAUAGUUUCUCGUGUUCUUGUGUUUUUUUUGGUAUAAAAAAAAGGUGUUUUCACUUCUUUGCCGGAAACCCAAGCAAUGUAAAUAGUCCCUCCCAGCGCGAAUCGAACCCGGGUGGCGGAAGUUACAGCCGCAACCCCUUUACCACCAGAGAUGACUCGUGUUCUUGUGUUAACAAUGUUUUACUUCCUUUUGGUUGUCCAGAUUUGUUGCAUAUAGUUAAGUCAUUGUGUUAUCUUGUAGGCUUCUAAAGAGCAAGAGAGGUAGAUUGCUUUAGUUUCAUUAGAUUGCAAGUUUGAUGUUACGUAGUUGAUCAAGUUUGGUUCUUUAGUUUCAUUCAAAUAUCAGCAGUGUAAAGUGUUUUAUAAUCUUGCAAAACAAGUCUUUUGAGACUAUUUCAAUUCAGACUCAUAUUUGAAUUUUUUUUUUUGAAAAAACAUAUUUGAAUUUUUAUUGCUGGAUUUAAAGAUUUUCUAUAGUGUUUAUUUGCUUUAAGUAUAUAAGUUUGUAAAUUGAGUUUACAAAAUCUGAUUAUGAACUAAAUUGAGCUAAUUGUAAAAAAAAAAAAACUAUAAUGGGCGGUCUUGGGUUAUUAACCCGUUGGACAUGGGCUAACUUGGGUUUGGGUGUCAUAUAGAUGUAGGUGUUUUGGGUCCAGAAAAAUAUAUGCGUAACUGUACACACCCAUGUAGGUGUUUUGGUUGACAGCCCUAUUCAAACUUGGAUCGCAAGUGGGUUUGGUUAGUUGCGGCGAUAUUAUAAAUAAAUGGCGAGAAAAAAUGAAUAUAAUUAUUUAAAAAGGAUAUUAAUUGUAAACGCUGUACCAAAGAAACUGGAACACCGUUUGUUGCUGCUAUUUCCCGAUCGGCCCUCUCCGAUCUGAGUCGAUAUUCUUUCUGGUAGGCUUUCUCCGAGACCUUUUGCUUUCUUGUGUCCAUCUCAAAUUGUUCCCGUCGAAACCUUUCCUAGUCUAGUCUAGUCUGAUUGGUUGAUCGCUUCAAACCCUAAUUUCAGUUGCAAAUGCACACCCAGCCAUGCCCUGUAUUAAACUUCGUUUAGCUUUUGGAUCCCUGUCUGGCUGAUUAGGACUCGUUUUUGACUAAGGAAAAAAAAAAAGAAAAAAAAAAAAGAGGAUGGGGGCCUCCGAAGAAGAGAAUAGCACAUUGUUUCCCAUUUUCACUCUAACGAUUAUGGCUAUUCCGUUGGUGCCUUAUACCAUGGUCAAGUUGACACUUGUGGAACAUGAGCCGUGAGACUCAAGUUCUUGACCUAUUUAGUAUACUUGGCUUGGAACCUGGAGUUUCAGAUUCCGACAUAUAGAAGGCUGUCCAUCCUGAUCCAGAGGCCAACAAAUAUUUUUGUGGAGUCCAUUUCUAAAGCAUACCACGACCCAGUAUCCGGUGAAAACUUUGAAAAGUAUGGUCAUCCAGAUCGCAGACGGGGCUUUCAUUUCAAAUGGGCAUUGCUCUUCCCUCCGGUGGCAUAUUAUUGCUCUGUAUAGUCGGUGUUUGUAUGCCCCUUGUGAUUGCUGUUAUAUAUCUCUCGAGUCGAGGUCAUCCAAGGAACUAUAUGUCAUGCAUCAAACUCUUUCCGCAUCGUUGGCCCCAAGCAAAGUUAUGGACGUUUUUACCAAGGCAGCUUGUGAGCUAAGUUUGGACCCCAAGAACAUGAAGCAAGAGCAAGCUAAGUUUUGGAAGCAGCAUCCUGCCAUAGUGAAGACGGAGCUGUUGAUACAGGCCCAGUUGACUCGUGAAUCAGCAGCCUUGUCUCCAGCCCUGGAGGAUGAUUUCAGACGUGUUCUAGAGCUUGCACCUCGCCUCCUUGAAGAGUUACUAAAGAUGGCGGUUCUACCACGAACUGCCCAAGGCCAUGGAUGGCUGAGACCUGCAGUCGGAGUAAUUGAGCUAUCUCAAUGCAUUGUUCAGGCAGGACAUUCUAGGGCAAUAUUCUAUGGUGAAUCUCGAGCUCUUUAACAUUGUGGAAGAGGUGAAGAAAGUCUCCAAGGCCUUUGUUGUGCUUCCUAAGAACGUCAAUGCUGAGAAUGCUCAAAGUUGGGAUCGAGUGAAAAGAAGCAUCUUGCUUUACAGAUGGAGCGUACAGAUACUCCACCUAGAGUAUCAGGAGGCAUCAGCAGAGAAGGCUGGGCAAUCAUAGGAAGUGUGAUUGCCGUGAUCGCCGUGAUUGUCAUAUGGCGGAUUAUAGUCUACGGCUGCAAGAAGCGCCGAGAGAUAUCCCCGCGAGUCGUCCCCAUUGCUGACGUGGAAAUGAACUGAUAUAUAUUUUGAAAUUUUUUUUUAUAUAUUUAUGUUUAGAUAUCAAAUCAGACAUGAAAUCUUUUGUAUUUCGUAAGUUGUUUGAACACUUGUUAACAAUACAAAGAGAUAUGAAAAUAUGUUUUAACUAUUAUUUGCAUUAUUUUAUUAAUAUUUCAUUAUCAAUUAAUUUUAAAAACAAAUUAAAAUAAAUUAUUUAUAUAAAUUAAUUUUAUUAAACUUAUAUUGUUUUAUCCCUUUUAAGCCAUGUGUUAAAUAUGUUUUACAUGCUUUAGAUAUGUGCUAAAUAUGAUUUACAUGUUUUAGAGGUUUUAUUUGGCACAUAGUAAUAUUUAACACUAGGGUAAGCCCGCCCUACGGACGGGAUGUAAGGAAAAAAAAAUUUAGUUUCUUAUCAAUUUGUAAAAAUAUUUUAAAAUAUAUUUAUUAUUCGGUAUUGUUGCUUUUGUUAAAAAAUCAUAAGGGGUAGUGGCAGGAUUUCCUUUAUAUUUGAUGUUGUUUUUCUGUAAAUUUACCAUUUUUCAAAAAAUAAUAUAUGUAUGUUUAUGUUAUGUGUGAAUUGUUAUUUCGGAUCGUUGCUAUACUUUAUAUCUUUCAUCAAACUUAUUUGUUUAUACAAUACUUUUGACUAUGCAACAAAGAGUAUAUAAAAGAGAGUGUGUAUAUGAAGAUAAAAAAGAACCAUGAAAAAUCAAUGAACAUACAAUAAGCGUAGAGAAUUUAAAU